CAACCUAACUGUAAGAAAAACCCUAGCAUCUCCAUUACAAGCUAUCGCUUUGCUUCCGCCCUUUACCCUGUCGCAAUCAUGAUGAAAGUUAAAACCCCCAAGAAUGGCAGAGUUAAAAGGGAAUUAGAAAAACGAGCUCCAAAGCUCGUAGAAACAGGGAAGAAAACUCUGAUACUGCAAGGUACCAAAACGAGCGGCACACUAAAUGGUGUAUUGAGUGAAAUUUACCGUUUAAAGAAAGGUGGAGCUGUGAGGUUUACAAGGAAGAAUGAUAAUAUAAGGCCAUUUGAAAGUGGGGGUGAAACUUCCUUGGAGUUUUUUUCUCUCAAAACUGAUUGCAGCAUUUUUGUUUAUGGUUCACACUCAAAGAAGCGACCCAACAAUCUUGUCAUAGGGCGGAUGUAUGAUCACCAUAUUUAUGAUCUUGUAGAGGUUGGGGUUGAAAAUUUUAAAUCUAUUGAAUCAUUUACUUAUGACAAGAAACUAGCUCCACGGAUGGGAUCAAAGCCUUUCAUUGCUUUUGUUGGAGAAGGGUUUGAGAAUGUAGAUGAGCUGAAACAUUUGAAGGAAGUUUUGCUUGAUCUUUUGCGAGGAGAGGUUGUGGAGAAUGUAAAUCUUGCUGGGUUGGACCGUGCUUAUAUAUGUACAGCAAUAUCUUCAAAUAGGGUAUACCUUUCGCAUUGUGCCCUGCGGUUGAAAAAGUCUGGCAGUGUAGUUCCAAGGAUGGAACUGGUAGAAGUAGGUCCCUCCAUGGAUUUGGUGGUUCGGCGUCAUCGCCUUCCAAAUGAAGGCUUGAGGAAAGAAGCUAUGAAAAAAGCUAAAGAUCAACCUAAGAAGAAGGUCAAAAAUGUUAGCUCGGAUGCGGUACAAGGGACAAUUGGGAAGAUCUACAUUCCCGAUCAGAAGAUUGGAGAUAUGGCUUUACCUAACAAGGCCAAAGGUGUGAAGAGAGAGCGUCGUGAAGCUAAGAAGAAAGAGGCUAAUGAGCGUGCCUCAAAAAAGCAGAAGGAAGAGUCUGAGUAGCCCAUUGGAUGCUUGCUAUUGCGUUAACCUUCUUAUAGUUGUUCCCUGCCAUAUUUUUGCUCUGGGGCUAUCAAUUUUAUGAACGGAAAUCAAAUGGAUUGGAUAAGAUAGGUUCUGGAAGCUGAUUUUUCAUUUCACCCUUUGCUGUUUCAACUAUAUCAUCUAUUAAAGCUGUUUAGGUGUUUAUGUUGGAUUGUUAUAUUUAGUUCAACCUUAACAUUUUCUUGGAAAGGACAAAAAAAGCUGUAACAACUGUUCAAUAUUUUCCCUAUGUCUCAUCCUAUUUUGAAAUAGAGAAAAAAAAGCAGUGAAAAGCCCUCUUUGUUUAAAUCGUUUUUGACAUCAA